CUCUCAUCUCGGAUCACUGCAGAGGCCCUCAUCACGUCAUGGCUCCCAGCAAUCUCAGCGUCGUCGAAUCCCCCGACCAAUUCAAGACUCUGCUCUCGGAGGACUUGUCAAGGGUCUCCUGUCUCGUCUUCUGGGCGCCAUGGGCAGAACCUUCGGCUGCCUUCAACAAGGUUGUCGAGGAAGAGGCCCCCAAGUUUCCUAACAUUCUCUUCCUCAGCAUCGAAGCAGAGGCGUUGGCAGACAUUUCAGAAUCGUUUGAUAUCGAAGCAGUCCCUUCAUUCCUUCUCUUACGUGGCCACACGCUCCUUGCUCGACAUUCAGGGGCCGAUGCCACUCUUCUCCGCUCCCUCCUGGCUCAAUACUCUGGCGCUCCUGCCCCCACUACCACUCCCCUGUCCACGUCAGACGCCACCCCUCAAGCUCCCCCGGAACCCCCUCGUAAACGCACCGAAGAAGAGAUAGUGGCGAGAUGCAAAGAGUUGAUGAACAAGCACAAAGUGGUGCUCUUCAUGAAGGGAAACCCUUCUGCACCCAAGUGUGGAUUCUCGAGACAGACAGUGGGUCUGCUGCGAGAGCACGGAGUCGAAUUUGCUUGGUUUGAUAUUCUCAGCGAUGAAGAUGUGAGGCAAGGGCUCAAGAAGGUCAACGACUGGCCGACCUUCCCUCAGAUCAUUCUCAACGGGCAGUUGGUGGGAGGACUUGAUAUACUGCGCGAGAUGAUGGAGAACGGCGAGUGGAACGAGCUCUACACGGCGGCUAUUGACAAUGAGGGUGAGGGUGAAAUGAAGGCUUAAUCAUGAGAGGAAGACAUCUAUUCGCCCCAUCAUUCAUCCAUCCAUUGGCCACUGAGCAGUCCCUCCAUAUAUAUAUUUCUCGUAUUGUACGAGCUGUAUUCAUGAUGCAUUCAGAUUUGUGUA